GGCAGGGCCUAUUCCUUUAAAACCAAGUUAGACCAACACCAUGCCCAAGUGCACACGUAAAGGAUGUGAGAAGGAGUUCAAGGAGGAGGAGAACAAAGACAAUUGCUGUCAGUUCCAUUCUGGUGCACCUGUUUUCCAUGAAGGUCUUAAAGGAUGGUCUUGCUGUGCCAAACGUGUCACGGAUUUUAAUGACUUUAUGAACAUCCCUGGAUGUACAUUUGGCUCUCAUUCGACCGAGAAGCCUGUUGUCGCUGAAAAGGCACCCGAAAAGAGCGCACCUGCCGCAAGCCAAGUGACAAAGGAAGGUGUCGAGGUUUAUGGUGCCCCUAAGGCCGAGGUAAAGAAGGAGGCACCAGUUGCUAUUCCUGCUGCCAGCAGUGACAAAGUCGAGGAAGUGAAGAAGGUUGAAGAGGAAGAGGAUGAUGACGAAAGCAUUCCAGUCCCAGAGGGAAAGACCUGCAAGAGGCGUGGAUGUGGUGUGAGCUAUAAGAGUGAUGCUAUCUCGCGUGGUAACGGACCCGAGGCUGUGUGCUCCUACCAUCCUGGUGCUCCAGUUUUCCAUGAGGGAUCCAAGGGAUGGUCUUGUUGCCCACGCAAGGUGCUUGAAUUUGAUGAGUUCCUUAAACUUAAGGGCUGCAAAGAAGGAAAGCACUUGUUUGUUGGCAGCAACAAGUCCGGGGAGGAAUUAGUCGAUUGCCGUACUGACUGGUAUCAAACUCCUACUCACGUUAUGCUGAGCAUCUUUGCAAAGAAUAAGUUGGACACUAAGGUUGUCUUUAAUAAAGACUCUGUUGAUAUCGAUGUCAAGAUGAAGGAUAACAAGCGAUACAAGAAGCAUCUGGACCUUUUCCAUACAAUUGAUAUUGAUCAAUCAAAGUUCACUGUAUUGGGUACAAAAUUGGAGCUCAACAUGAAAAAGACUGGAGGUGUGUCGUGGGCAGCUCUUGAACCUACAGCUGAUGUCACCUCAUGGACCACAUUUGGUGUGAGUGGCGGUGGUGGUACCGUAGGAGCCAAAGAGAUGCAAUACACCGAUGAUUCGCCUUUGAAUCUGUCGAAUAGAAAAUAAGCUGAAUAAAUAAAUACAGCGUUUAAUUUAAUUUUAAAUUGGUGUAAAUUUAUUACAAAUACAGGGUUUAUUUAUGCAACAAGGAUCUCAAUCAU